AUGCUGCCCACUACUGCUGUUGCAGUCGCCUUGCUGAGUUGCAUCGCCUCCGCACAGAAUCGAAACACAACUCAUUCUCCGGAAAUGGGACCAGCGGCUUUCAUGUGGCCACCAGACCGGCCAUGGUCAGCAGAAAGUGAUCACAUUCCUCCAUGCGGCUCGUCGAGCGGUGUGGGAAAUCGGACUGGGUUUCCUUUGAGUGAGUGA